CUCAGUCCUCACCUCUUUUCGUAGAAAAACAAAAACUAGAAACUCAAGUACUGAGCCGCCAUCAAGGCUCUUCUUUUUCCUAGAUCUAGUUCGUAGCAAGAGAAGACCUCUCUUAUUGUCUUCAUUCUUAGGAAAUGACUAAGCAAUCAGGGACAACACCAUCCAUUGGAACCUCCACAUCAAGCUCAAUGGUGCUAGCUCCUCCAGUCACUAUCCCUAAUGCAGCAACCCCUACUGCAACACCUGAUGCAACCCCUGUUGUAACUCCUGAUGCCACCCCUGCUGCAACACCUGAUGCCACCCCUACUGCAACCCCUGGUUCAGAGACUCAAAAUCAAUUGAAGAGGAAGAAUCAGAGUGUGGCAUGGGACCACUUCACUUAGAUGAAAAAUCCUGACGGUUCGAGGUUGGCUAAGCAGAGGGCAAAAUGUUUCCACUGUCCGCAUACUUACUUAUGCGAUACAAAGUCAAAUGGUACAAGCAACAUGAGAAACCACUUGUUCUACCACUGCAAGAAGUGUCCCCUGUACAUUCCCAGUAAAAAACAGAAGAACUUGGUGUGGGAUUCUGCUGAAAAUGAGGGAAAGCUUAUUGCAAAGGGUUUCAAUGAGGAUGUAGCCAAAUUAGCUCUUGCUAGGAUGGUUGUUAGGGAUGAGCUGCCCUUUAGCUUCAUUGAAGGUGACUGACGAAACAAGUGAAGAAAUUACUUUCAGUGUCGUGGAAGUUGCACGCAGGAAGGAAG